ACCGCCUCAGUCAGUCAGUCAGUCAGUCAGUGUCUUCAUCUCCACUCCUGUAGUUUGAUUCUCUCAUUUUAAACACCGACAAAGUCAAAUCCACUCAUCCAGACGUCAGGAUGUUGCUCUGGGACAGAGGGAUGCUGUGGGGCUUCCUGUUGCUGCUGUCUGGUGCUGUGGGUCAAAGAGUGAUCUUUCCAGGUAAUGUAACAGUGAAUUAUCCAGGUCCUGUUUGUGCUGUGAAAGGAUCGACUGUCACCCUCCACUGCACCUUCACACCACACAAGUCUUUCAUUAAAGAUGGAAGAGAAUAUCCACUGAGGAUCAUCAAAGUUGUCUGGUGCAAGAAUCAUGAAAUUUGUCAGGGAUCCACCCCGUCUGUGUACGACAGUGAGUCAGACACCAACAACCCUCGCUACCAAUACCUGGGAGACAAGAAGGGAAACUGCACUUUACAGAUCAGAGACAUACGGAGGGAAGACAACGCAACGUUUCGCUUCAGGAUGGAGACCAAUCAUUCUGCAGGACAUCAUACUGUAACAUCAGGAGUGAAGGUCACAGUCAUUGAUGAUCCUCAAAUGACAAUAAUCAGCUCCAGGAACCAGAGUCUGAUCAGAGAGGGUCAAACAGAGACACUGCUCUGCAUUUCAUCCUGCUCUUUCCACCAACUGGAGGUCACCUGGUUCAGAGAUGACCACGCCCUCUCAGAGUCUGGCCCCGCCCUCCAGCUCGGCCCUCUGACCGCAGAGGAUUCUGGGAACUACACCUGCGGUCUGAAGACCAACAGCAAGACUCGCUCCCGGCCGUACGAGCUGCGUUUGGAGGCAGCAGAGGAAGGAAUCAAGCUCAACUACCUGACCACUGUCCGUCUGGUUCUGUUCACUGCUCACACUGUGCUCAUCAUCAUAGUGGUGUCCAUCAUCAUCAAAAGGACGUGUGUUCGCAGAACAGGAACAAAGAACUGAGAGACAUGAAACUGCAGUUCAGUUCAGUUCUGUGGUUCCUCCUUGACUGUGAGGAAACAGACUGGGAGGUCUGCUGCCUGCUGAAAACAGCAGAACACUGUGUGACUGUAGCUUCAGUUUUUGCCUCUCACACAUAACUGCUGACCAGAUUAUCAACAAGCCUGUUAACCAUCACUUCCUCCUAUGAUGCGUGGCACUGGUGUUUAUCUGACACCACAUCAGACAAGAUUUGUGCAACAUCAGAGGAGGAACAACAUGUACAAGCAACAGUUUCCUCAGCCUCAUGGACUCUGUAAGAUUUACACAGAGAGGAUAUCUGCCGAGUCCCUCCUCUUCAAAUCCUGAGCACACAGUCGGAGAACAUCAGUGCGAGACUUGUUCUCACCCUCUGGAAAUGUUCAGUUUGGUUCAGGUGAGGGGUGGAGCCGGCAGAUAGAGGGGGGAGGAGGUCAGAGCGUCAUCAGUACCUGCUCUAUAUCAGACAGUACACUGCCUUUAUACCAGGCAGGAUAAAGUCUGUUUAACGCUCGGUCCGACUGACUCAGACGUUUGUGUUCUCACAUACAGCUCCACCAGGUGAUGUCUAGAAAGGUUCAGGUUUACAGUGCAUGUCUCAGAGCAGCUGUGAUGUGUUUGAUAUUUGAUAAACUUGAUAAACACUUUGGUUCAAGUUAACAACUUUAUAUUUUGUGGAAUUACUAAUGUAAAACCUUCCGGUGGUCGUCUUGUUCUUAGGGUAGACACUGUCAUGUAAAUAUGUGAUUAUAGGCCAAUCAGUUUAGAAGUUAAAGACGUCCAACAGUGCAGAACAAUCCCUGAAAACUUCAAGCAUAAACUGUUCAAAGUAAUAACUUAUGGAACUGGUUUAAUAAAGUCUCUACGUCUGUUUAGCUGACCGGUCAGUCCUCCAGACCUCAUGGAGAAGCUCUGAGACCCAGAAGACCGAGGUCAGACUGUCUGACACCAUCACUAUCAUCUGGAAUCUAUCUGCUCUAAUACUGAUCAGUGGUGACUGGUUCCUGUAUUGAGUAGCUGUAGCUGGUGACAUUAGAAUGUUCAGUCUGUUGUUUUUGUUUUUUCUUUUUGCUUCAGUUAGUGUUUAUAAUAUUUCUACCUGCUGAAACUGUGCAGCCUUAAAAACAUGAAGUCUUGGAUCUGAAUAUUUCACUUGUUUGUUUCUCUGUAAUUUAAAAAUAAUAAAAAUAAUUGACAUCA